AUGAAUGCUUUAUCACGCGAUCGCGCAAGAACAACACAUUUGAGGCCAUUAGUUUUUCUUUCAAUUCGGCCAGUUGGUUCUUCUCUUCAUUGCCAAUUAUCUUUUUAUGGCUAUCAAGGAGAUUAUCGUUUUGCUCCAGAUUUAGGUUAUUACCAAACGUGUCAACGUUCCAUUUCUCAACAUUUGGAUAAAUUAGUCGAGAAGGAAAAGGAUAUUCUUGUUGAUAGCAAUAGCCCAACAAGCAUUCCUUUAUUAAAUUCAACAACAAAUAAUUGCCCAAUUCAUUCACUUCCCGGCACAAUUAGAGAAUUAAAUGCUUGUAAAUUAAAAGACGGCCAAUGGUAUGAACUUUCUUUUCGAUCGGCAAUUCAGUACGAAAUAUUAAUUACCGAAAAAAAUAUUUACCAACAAAUGUGGGUAAAUCACUCGACAACUUUUGUUUUCAAGCCUGACAGAGAAGUUUGGAGAAAUGGAACAGAACUUUAUUGGCUUCAACGAUUACUUCAGUUAAGAGUUAAAAUGAAAAAUUGUGAAGCUGUUCGUUAUUUGUUAAAGUUAGACGAAAGUUGGUCUUCAGGUCAAUUACCUGUUACCGUCUUUAUUGACUAUCAAGUGAGAGAGAAUGCUUAUGUAAAGCAUUCGAGGCAUUUGGGAAAUGGAACGCUUAUGGAUGGAUGGUUUACUGGAACAUUUCCGGUAUGGAGAACACCUGAAUUACGUACUCAUGAACUUUGUGUUCAGUUUGCAUGGCCUCGUUCAUUAAAUCAGUACAGACUUUGCAGAACUUUUCUUCGAGGCCGGUCUUCACUCGAUUGUGAUCCAUUCUCCUAUUAUACACAAUAUUCAGUUGCCUCAAAAAGUGAAAAUAAUAAAAAUAAAUUAAUAAUUAAUUUUGUAAUUUAUAUAAUAUUUAUAUUAUUUUUUAAUUAA